UCACUGCUUGCACGUGUGCACGGGGUUGACAAGCGCUGCUGCUUGCUGGGCGUGCUUGGCUUGCGAAGGGUCGCGAGCCCCUGGACCCGGCCCAUCCCUCCGAAUCUGGCGGACUAGGGUUCUUUCACGUUCCCCACCGGAGGAGGGAAUGGUGGGGCCAGGGUGGCGCUGUGGGAGGCGGAGCCUGGAGGGGUGGCCUGGGGCGCCUGGAUAAGAGCGCCGCGGGAGGCGGGACGGGGCCCGGCACCGUAGGGAGCGGUGACCCUGAGAUGUUGUUAGUGCUGCUGAGCUUGGUCGCGCUGAGUUGGGGUGCGGUGUUCCCAGAGCCGGCGAUUCAGUGUGGCUCUGAAAAUGGACCAUCUCCAGAGUGGAUGGUCAACCACACUCUGACCCCAGGAGACUUGAGGGACCUUCGAGUGGAAUCUGUUAAAACCAGUGUUGCAACAGAGGACUAUUCAAUUUUGAUGAACAUAAGCUGGAUACUCCGGGCAGAUGCCAGCAUCCGUUUGUUGAAGGCCACCAAGAUCUGUGUGACAGGCAAAAACAACUUCCAGUCCUACAGCUGUGUGAGGUGCAAUUACACAGAGGCCUUCCAGACUCAGACCAGACCCUCUGGUGGAAAAUGGAUGUUUUCCUACGUUGGCUUUCCCAUAGAGUUGAACACACUCUACUUCAUUGGGGCCCAUAAUAUCCCCAAUGCAAAUAUGAAUGAAGACAGCCCCUCCUUGUCUGUGAAUUUCACCUCACCAGGCUGCCUAGACCAUGUAAUGAAAUACAAAAAAAAGUGCAUUGAGGCAGGAAGUCUCUGGGACCCAAAUAUCACUGCUUGUAAGAAGGACGAGAAGACAGUAGAAGUCAAUUUUACAACCAGUCCCCUUGGAGACAAAUACGUGGCUGUUAUCCAAAAUAACUUUUCAACUGCAAGUUCUUCGCUGGAGUUAUCUGCACGGAGCAAACUAACUCGAACUUCUAUCAUGGUUCCAGUGACUGAGGACAGUGAAGGUGCUGUGGUCCAGUUGGUUCCGUAUUUCCAUACUUGUGGCUAUGACUGCAUCCGUCGCAAAGGAACUGUUGUGCUUUGCCCACAAACAGGUGGCUCCUUCCCUCCAGAUAACAGCAGACAUGUGCCAAGUGGCUGGCUCCCUCUCCUCCUCCUGGCUCUGCUGGUGGCCACAUGGGUGCUGGCGGUUGGGAUCUAUCUAACGUGGAAAUGUGAAAGGAACAGGACUUCCUUCCCUACCACUGUGCUACUGCCCCUCAUUAAGGUUCUUGUGGUUUACCCAUCUGAAAUAUGUUUCCAGCACACGGUUUGUUACUUCACUGAAUUUCUUCAAAAUCAUUGCAGAAGUGAGGUUAUCCUUGACAAGUGGCAGAAAAAGAAAAUAGCUGAGAUGGGUCCCGUGCACUGGCUUACCACUCAGAAGCAAGCAGCAGACAAAAUCAUUUUCCUUCUUUCCAAUGAUGUCAACACUGUAUGUGAUGGUACCUGUGGCAAGAGCGAGGGCAGCCCCCGUGAGAACUCCCAAGACCUGUUCCCCCUGGCCUUUAACCUCUUCUGCAGCGAUCUGAGAAGCCAGACUCAUGUGCACAAAUACAUAGUGGUCUAUUUUAAAGAGGCUGAUACCAAAGACGAUUACCAUGCUCUCAACGUCUGCCCCAAGUACCGCCUCAUGAAGGAAGCUACCGCUUUCUGCACAGAACUUCUCCAUGCUGAGCAGCACAGGUCAGCACGAAAAAGGCUGCGAGCCUGCCACAACAGCUGCUCCUUUGUGUAGCCCUCCCAUUAGAAAUGAGAACUUGAAGGCUUCCUACCCCUCCAAUUUGAAAAAGCUUCUGUGAUGAUUGUGAAGUUUAUUGUAUGGGUGACUUGUAGGGAGGAUUUUAUAUAUACCUGCAUUAGCAAAAGGAAUAGGGAGGACUCAUAACAAGAUACGUGCUUUAGUCUAGCAAUUAAACUUUUAUGCCAAUACUUAAAAUAUUACUGGCUACUGUAGUAUUAACUAAAGAAUGGAAACUAAAUUUAUAGUUAUAAAGCUAAAUCAUUUUCAUAACUAAAAAUCAAGAAUAGUUAUAAUGUAAAACUGUAACCAUCCUGACAAUGCAGUAAGAAACAUCUUCCAACUGAAUGUGUGAUCUUGAAUUGUCUGUGCCUUGCCUUGGAGGUAGAAUUGUUUACUUUUGUAACAUUCUAAGUUUAAUGAAUGCCAAAUUUCGUAAGCCCUUGUUAAUUCACUCAAUAACUUCUUAGGUAAAAACCCUGUUACACACGUCUUUAUUUUUAAUAUAAAAAUAUAACCCAUCUUUGCUCAUCAGAUGACCUAGUAUAUGUGUAACCGAUUGUAUUAUUUGGUGUUUUUGUAAGACCAUCCCUCUCUGAACUAGGUUAAUGUCCUAUCUGCUUGUUGUACAGGUAACUUUAACAUGAACACCAAUACACAUGUGGACCUGUUGUCUACUUCUGCCCUCUUAGCUGUUAGAGGUUAUUGUCAUAGUUCAGAGUUUUUUGGUUAUUACAUUAACUUUUUGGGUUUAGAAACAAAAAUUCCUAUUAUGUUGGAAGAUAACUCUCAAAGUAGUUUUAUAAAUGAGUUAUUAUAAUGGCUAACUUAAGUUAAAAAAAAAAAAACUACCACCACAGACUUACAGAACACAAGAGUUAAUGUGGUAUUUUGAGCCUUCUAACUUUUUUUAUUUUCCGAAAAGCAUCUUUUUCUUAUUUUAGGUUACCAAAAGGUUAUAUGUAUUAACACAUGUGUUUUUCUAAGAAUACCAGUUUUUUCACACAAUGUAAUACUGAAUAUGCUCUAGAAUGUGGACCAGUUUCAAGUAGAUGACUGCUAAAAUGUAUCUGUAGAUUAUUUUUAAAGGGUCAUGCCACACCUAAUACAUGUCCUAAGCAUAAAAUAAAAGCCAAAAUAACUAAGCAUAGAAUGAAA